ACCAUAAAAUUAUUUUUGUUGCUGCUUAUAACUAGUUUUGCUACUGUUAUGAAUUGUAAGUAUCUGUAUUCCAGUGGCCUUAGGCCAUCCCUGUGAAAGGGCUUUUCAAACCAUCCGGGGUCACAACUCAGGUUGAGAACCAGUGCUCUGCCUUCCUGCAGGUCUGGGCCCUGCUCAGAGAGAGCUGGAUUUUCCUUUCAGAGGGUACCCUUGAGUACACAGGGAAGUUGUGCAGUUACAGGUCCUUUGUUCAGUGGGGUGGGGUAUCUGGAUUCCUCAGGACUCUGGUCACCUCAGAUUCACACAUUCUAGACUGGGUCAUGCUUGUGUCCCCUCCUCCAAAGUGCCACCCCUGGGCAGUGGACUCUUGGAUCUCUACCCCAUUGGCCUCUCAAGCAUUGUUUCCCAACUUCUGAGAGAUCUCAAAGGUUUCCCAAUACUUCUCAUGCCUACCCAGUGUCCCUGAUGUGCCCUCCUGCAUCUGCUCUAAUCAGAAUUUGGUCUUAAAUGUCUCCUUUGCUUGAGGGCAAGCCACCUAAUAUGAGGGCCUUAAUGGUAGGAUUCUAUCCAAGCCAAUCCCAGGUACCAUGUGGGGUCCUGGGGCCCCAAGGUCUUGCCACCCUUGGUGAUCCCCACUGUACAUCUGUUGUGGAUGUGAACACCAGCAGGGACACAGGCAGGUGUGCUGCACUGGACCCCACUCGGGGAAUUGGUUCCCUGCAGAGGGCACUUUGGAGCACACAGGGAGGCUGUGCAGUUGAGGGCCCUUUGUUCAGUGGGGGGGCCUAGUAUGGCUUCAGGGCUGGUCAUAGAUCCUCAGUCUCUGUCACCAUCCCCACAAUGACAAGUCAUAGGCCUCUGGGCACACACAUGUCUGUGGAGACAUCCUGCUGCUCCAUGGGAGUGGAUGGAGAAACUAGCUUUCUGGUCAGGGAGGGGGCAGACAGAUGAAUUAGUAGUGAAGGGCUGUGGCCUCUCCUCCCACAGGCUGCUCACCAUGAGCCUCCGAGGCUCCUACCUCCACUUCUGCCUCUGGAUGUUGUUGGGUGCCACCUUGGCACUGGGGCAGGGACAAGUAAGUGGCCGUCUGAGGUUGGCAGUACUGCCCGAGGACCAGCUGCAGAUGAAGUGGAGGGAAGCAGAGCGGAGUGGCCUUGGCUACUUGGUGCAGGUGACACCUAUGGAAGGGGACUUGGAGCAGGAGCUGAUAUUAACCACCAAGACACCUAAGGCCACCGUGGGUGGCCUGAGCCCUUCCAAGGGCUACACCUUGCAGAUCUUCGAGCUCACUGACUCUGGGCCUGUCCUUCUGGCACGAAGGGAGUUUGUGAUUGAGGAUCUGAAGAGCCACUCUCUGAGCAGAGGCAGUCGGAGACUGGUGGAACCCACCCCGGAACCCACCUCCUUCCCUCUGGGGGCCUCAGACCCUGAGAAAACACCUGAGCCCAGUAUUGCCUUCACCUCAAGCAGAGACCAGCCCGUUCUUGGAGUGGCCAAUAAGGAUCAGAGGAAACUCAAGCAGGGCCUUGGAGUACAGGACACAGCUCAGCCAACCACAGACCUGGAGAGGCAGAGCCACAUUGCAGACUCUGUGGGAGAGCAAGAGAAGCUAGCUGACACCCAGUUCCGCUGCACACCCCCAACUCCUACUGAUAUAAUCUUUCUGGUGGAUGGGUCCUGGAGCAUCGGCCACAGCCACUUCCAGCAGGUCAAAGACUUCCUGGCCAGCAUCAUCACACCUUUUGAAAUAGGACCAGAUAAAGUCCAAGUAGGUCUGACUCAGUACAGUGGAGACCCCCAGACCGAGUGGGACCUGAAGUCCUUCCACACCAAGGAGCAGGUGCUGGCCGCAGUGCACAGCCUCCGCUACAGGGGAGGAAACACGUUCACAGGCCUCGCCCUAACCCAUGUCCUGGGUCAGAACCUGAAGCCAGCAGCAGGUGCCCGUCCAGAGGCAGCCAAGGUGUUGAUUCUGGUGACGGAUGGCAAGUCCCAGGAUGAUGUGCACACAGCUGCCCGAAUUCUUAAGGAUCAGGACAUUGAUGUCUUUGUCGUGGGUGUGAAGAAUGCCGAUGAAGCCGAGCUGAAGCUCCUGGCAUCCCAGCCACUAGACAUCACUGUCCACAAUGUACUGGACUUCCCUCAGCUGGCCACCUUAGCUGCUCUGCUCAGCCGCCUCAUUUGCCAAAAAAUCCAGGGCAGGGGCCCAGUCAAACCAGCAGCAGCUACUCUGGCCCUGGACCCCUUCCCCAUGCCCACCAGACUGGUCCUGACCCACGUCACCUCAUCCAGUGUCCACCUGUCUUGGACUCCGGCCUUAUACCCACCCCUCAAGUAUCUAAUUGUAUGGCAGCCUUCUAGGGGUGGUACCCCCAAGGAGGUGGUGGUGGAGGGACCUGUCUCAUCCAUGGAGCUUCGAAACCUGACCUCCAACACAGAAUACUUGGUUUCUGUGCUUCCUGUCUAUGAGAGUGGGGUUGGCAAGAGCCUGCAAGGCCGGGCAACCACAGCACCCCUGCCUCCACCGGGGGCACUGACCCUAGCCUCAGUGACACCGAGAACCCUCCACCUCACCUGGCAGCCCUCUGCUGGAGCUACUCAGUACUUGGUGCAGUACUUGCUGGCUGCCUCCCCUGGGGAGGAGCAGAGGAGAGAGGUACACGUGGGGCAGCCUGAGGUACUGCUGGAUGGCCUGGAGCCGGGCAGGGACUAUGAGAUUUCAGUGCAGAGCCUUCGGGGACCAGAGGCCAGUGAAGUCCGGAGCAUCAAUGCCAGGACCACUACCCCGGGGCCCCCAAGACACCUGAGUUUCUCAGAUGUGAGCUACAACUCAGCCUGUGUGUCCUGGGAAGCCCAGAGGCCUGUGCGCCUGGUCAAGGUCAGCUAUGUCUCCAGUGAUGGCAGCCACUCUGGGCAGGCUCAGGUUUCUGGAAAUACUACCUCAGCCACCUUGGGUCCCCUUUCUUCCUCUACCAAGUACAUCGUCCGAGUCACCUGUUUUUACUUCGGGGCUGGUUCCUCCAUGCUGACUGGCCAUGUGACCACAAAGAAAGCUCCCAGUCCUAGCCAGCUGUCUGUAACGGAGCUCCAGGGAGAUGCAGUCAAGCUGUCAUGGGUGGCCACCGCCUUGUCUGGUGUACUUGUUUAUCAAAUCAAGUGGAUGCCCUUGGGAGAGGGGAAGGCCCAUGAGAUCUCUGUCCCAGGGACCCUUGACACAGCCAUCUUACCUGGCCUGAUGAGUCAUGUGGAAUAUGAGAUCACUAUCCUUGCCUACUACAGGGACGGCACUCGCAGUGACCCUGUGUCCCUCCGCUACAUCCCCUCUUCAGCAAGCAGGAGCCCCCCAUCCAGUCUGGUCUUGUCCUCGGAGACCCCCAACAGCCUACAGGUCAGCUGGACACCACCAAGUAGCCAUGUUCUACAUUACCGGCUCAACUAUACACUGGCCUCAGGCUCUGGACCAGAGAAAUCGAUCUCUGUGCCAAGCACCAGGAGCCAUGUUGUACUUCCUGACCUGCUGUCUGCCACCAAGUACAGAGUCCUGGUCUCAGCUGUCUAUGGAGCAGGGGAGAGUAUAGCAGUGUCUGCCACAUACCGCACAGCAGCCUGUCCAGCCCUGCACCCGGACAGUUCCCUCUCAGGGUUUGACCUGAUGGUGGCCUUUGGUCUUGUGGCAAAGGAGUAUGCCUCUAUUCGAGGUGUGGCCAUGGAGCCCUCAGCCUUGGGUGUGGCCCCCACCUUCACGGUCUUCAAGGAUGCUCAACUCAUGCGGCGAGCCAGCGAUAUCCACCCAGCAGCUCUGCCACCAGAACAUACCAUUGUCUUCCUGGUGCGCCUACUCCCUGAAACACCCCGAGAAGCCUUUGCGCUGUGGCAGAUGAUGGCUGAGGACUUCCAGCCCAUCCUUGGGGUUCUGCUGGAUGCUGGCAGAAAAUCUCUGACUUACUUCAACCAUGAUCCCAGGGCAGCCUUGCAGGAGGUCACCUUUGACCUGCAGGAUGCAAAGAAGGUUUUCUUCGGAAGCUUCCACAAGGUACAUGUGGCUGUGGGCCACUCCAAGGUCAGACUUUACGUGGACUGUCGGAAGGUAGCUGAGCGGCCUAUUGGGGAUGCUGGCAGCCCACCCACAGCUGGUUUUAUCACACUAGGGAGGCUGGCUAAGGCCAGGGGGCCACGGAGCAGCUCAGCCACAUUUCAGCUUCAGAUGUUGCAAAUCAUGUGCAGUGAUACCUGGGCAGAGAAGGACAGGUGCUGUGAACUCCCUGCAUUGAGGGAUGGAGAGACAUGCCCAGCCUUGCCUUCUGCCUGUGCCUGCUCCUCUGAGACCCCUGGGCCUCCAGGGCCCCAAGGCCCUCCGGGCCUCCCUGGAAGGAAUGGCAUUCCGGGACAGCAGGGACACCCGGGGCCCAAGGGAGAGCCAGGGCCACCUGGGCAGACAGGACCUGAAGGCCCUGGAGGUCAGCAAGGGUCACCAGGAACCCAGGGCCGCACAGUCCAGGGACCUAUGGGUCCCCCAGGAGUCAAAGGAGAGAAAGGAGACCAUGGACUCCCAGGCUUGCAGGGCCUCUCUGGCCAGCAAGGCAUCCCCGGGAAAAAUGGCCUACAAGGACCAAAGGGAAUGAGGGGACUGGAGGGACCUGCUGGCCUGCCUGGACCACCUGGCCCCAGGGGGUUCCAUGGUUUGGCAGGGGGCAGGGGCACCAAUGGGGAGCGAGGACCCCCAGGGGCUGUGGGGCCGACGGGUCUACCGGGGUCCAAAGGUGAACGAGGAGAGAAGGGAGAGCCACAGUCCCUUGCCACCAUCUUCCAGCUGGUGAGCCAGGCCUGCGAGUCGGCCAUACAGACACAUGUGCUGAAGCUGAAUUCCUUCCUCAAUGAGAAUACCCGGCCCCCAAUGCCCUUCAUGGUGGAGACAGCACAGCCAGGCAAACCUGGAUCUAUAGAGACUCCUGGAUCACAUAAUAAGGCUCUACUUCCUGGAGACGGGGGACAUGUCCACCAUCCUGAGGACCAAGGUGAGUCUGCAGCUAUCAGCCACAUGGGCAGCCCUGGACUGCAGGAGGAGCAGACCCCAGAACCCCUGGAGUGAACAGGACCUUCCCUCUGCCGCUCCAAAUCACUCUGUACUGCCCCAACACCAUCACCCACAUUUUUCGUCUCAACACUAAGAACAACUGUGUCCUGGAGGGAUGGCGAGGGGAGCCAGAGGAAGACACUGAAGCAGCAGGAGUCGGGAGGGGAAAGGGUGGUGCCUCUCAGGUCCCUUCUUUGUAGCACGUCCAAGUUCAGAUAAACCUCUGCUUGCUCAUCA